AUGGCCUCCCGACCUCAGAACAUUGGCAUCAAGGCCAUUGAGAUUUACUUCCCCAACCAGUACGUCGAGCAGACCGAGCUCGAGAAGCACGAUGGCGUCUCGACCGGCAAGUACACCAUUGGCCUCGGCCAGACGAAGAUGGCCUUCUGCGACGACCGCGAGGACAUUUACUCCUUCGCCCUGACCGUCACCUCCCGCCUCCUCAAGAACUACGCCGUGGACCCCAAGUCCGUCGGCCGCCUCGAAGUCGGCACCGAGACCAUUCUCGACAAGUCAAAGUCCGUCAAGACCGUUCUCAUGCAGCUCUUUGGCGACAACACCAACGUUGAGGGCGUUGACACCCUCAACGCCUGCUACGGCGGCACAAACGCCCUCCUCAACACCGUCAACUGGAUCGAAUCCUCUGCCUGGGACGGCCGUGACGGCAUCGUCGUCGCCGGCGACAUUGCCCUCUACGCCAAGGGCGCCGCCCGUCCCACGGGUGGUGCCGGCGCCGUCGCCAUGCUCAUCGGCCCGGACGCCCCCGUCGUCCUCGAGCCUGGCCUGCGCGGCACCUACAUGCAGCAUGCCUACGACUUCUACAAGCCCGACCUGACCUCGGAGUACCCUUACGUCGACGGCCACUACUCCAACACCUGCUACAUGCGCGCCCUGGACGCCGCCUACAGCGACUACUGCGCCAAGGAGGCCAAGCAGCUCAACGGCGCCGCCGCCGACGGCAAGCCCACCCUCGAACGCUUCGACUACCUCGCCUUUCACGCGCCCAACUGCAAGCUCGUCGCCAAGUCGUACGCCCGCCUACUGUACCAUGACUACCUGGCCAACGCUGACGCCCCGGCCUUUGGCGAGGUCGCCCCCGAGCUGCGCGACAUGGACUACGAAAAGUCCCUGACCGACAAGGUCGUCGAGAAGACGUUCAUGGGCCUCACCAAGAAGAAGUUCCAGGACCGCGUCGGACCCUCCCUCAACGUCGCCACCAUGUGCGGCAACAUGUACUGCGCCAGCGUCUGGGGUGGCCUCGCCUCGCUGCUGCACUACGCCGCGCCCGCCGACCUGCACGGCAAGCGCAUCGGCGUCUUCAGCUACGGCUCCGGCCUCGCCGCCACCUUCCUCUCCUUCCGCGUCAAGGGCUCCACCGAGACCAUCAGCAAGACCCUCGACAUCCCCGCCCGCCUCGAGGCCCGCAAGGCCCUCGCGCCCACCGAGUACGAGGCCUUCUGCGACCUGCGCAAGCAGGCUCAUCUCCAGAAGGACUUUGCCCCCAAGGGCCAGACGGAGAACAUCACCCCGGGGACAUACUACCUCGAGAAGGUGGACGACAUGUUCAGGAGGGAGUACACCAUGAAGGUGUAA